AUGCAGGCAGACGAGCAUUUGUGUCCUGUUUUCUAUGGUUCUGGCAGGGUCUCUCUUCGUCACUGUGGCUCCAUUUCGUCAAAACACUCGCACUGGUCAAUGGUUGGCUCGUUCCUGUUCGGGAAGCUCAUAAACAGCGUUACUUAUGCAGUACAUCCUAUCUACAUAUCAGAAAUGACGCCAACAUCAGUACGAUCGCUCUCCUAUGCGAUUAUCAACAUUCCACAGAGUAUAGGCAUCAUUGUGGCACCGUAUCUUCGUCAUAUUAGUCUCGGUCCAGAAUACGCAAAGUUCAUCAUUGUUGGAGUACUGUGCCUUAUCGCUGGAGGUCUCUGCAUUUUUCUCCCCGAGACGAAAGAUCGUCCUAUGCCGCCGGAUAUCAGAAGUCUAACCGCGCCAGAUGAUCAUACUGUCGAUCAGAGAGAUCGAGAAGAGCUGCUCAGAACAGCACUGAAUGAUGAUGAGAGCACCUCGGCACAGAAAGUCCCGGCCAUUCUUCAAGAAGACUGA